CGGGCCAAAGGUCAUCACUACAAUGUUUAUCAAAAUACGGUACUUUCGGAAUCUGAAUCAAUUUGUAAAUAUUCUUGACAUCUUCAGCAGAAUGGCAUCAUCUAAUCAAAACAUUAUAACUUCUGUAAAUUUUGAAAUACAUGGUAAAGUUCAAGGUGUAUUUUUUCGAAAGGAAAGUUUGGUUGAAGGAAAAAGGUAGCAAGAAUUCAGUAAUAACAAAAGCAGACUUUAAAAACGAAAAAGAGAUAUCAGCUCCUGAACAUGAAGAAUUUGUCAUAAGACAGUGACUCUCCUUUAAGAUGAUAACGGUGUUUGUUUGAUUCAUAUAAAGAAUAUACAACAGCACAAUGGACUCGUUAACCCUGCACACUCCAUUAAUAUUGUUAAUUGUAGUGGGUGUCCACAUUUACAGUAGACCAACUGUAUAUUCACUUGGAGCCUGUUACACCAACAUAAUAUUUUUUUAAGGCCUAAGUGUGGUAAGAGUGAAAUAUAAGUGAUUAGUAUGAAAUUUAAGUGAUUAUGGUGAACUGUAAUUUAUUAGUGUAAACUGUAAGUGAUUAGUGUGAACUGUAAGUGAUUAGUGUGAACUGUAAGUGAAUACUGUAGUGUAAAAUGUAAGUUAUUAGUGUGAACUGUAAGUUAUUAUUGUGAACUGUAAGUUAUUAGUGUGAACUAUAAGUGAUCAGGUGAACUGUAAGUGAUUAGUGUGAACUGUAAGUUAUUAAUGUGAACUGUAAGUGAUUAUUGUGAACUGUAAGGUGAUAUUGUGGUGUGAACUGUAAGUUAUUAGUGUGAAAUGUAAGUAAUUAGUGUGAAUUGUAAGAUAUUAGUGUGAAUUGUGUAAUUAAUGUGAACUGCAAGUGAUUAGUGUGAAAUGUAAGUGAUUAGUGUGAACUGUAAGUGAUUAAUGUGAAAUGCAAGUUAUUAGUGUGAACUGUAAGUUAUUAGUGUGAACUAUAAGUGAUCAGGUGAACUGUGAUUAGGUGAACUGUAAGUGAUUAGUGUGAACUGUAAGUGAUUAGUGUGAACUGUAAGUGAUUAGUGUGAACUGUAAGUGAUUAGUGUGAACUGUAAGGUGAUAUUGUGGUGUGAACUGUAAGUUAUUAGUGUGAAAUGUAAGUAAUUAGUGUGAAUUGUAAGAUAUUAGUGUGAAUUGUAAGUGAUUAAUGUGAACUGCAAGUGAUUAGUGUGAAAUGUAAGUGAUUAGUGUUAACUGAAAGUGAUUAGUGUGAACUGUAAGUGGUAAGAAUGAAAUAUGUGAUUAGAGUGAAAUGUAAGUGUUAGUGUGAACUGUAAGUGAUUAGUGAAAUAUGCUAGAAACACAAAAGAAAUAAUAAAGCACUUACCACUUGCUGGAGUAUUUGCUGUAUAUGCAGUUGUUAAGUAUUAACAUUUUUUUCUUGGUUAACAAUAUAAAAACGUUGAAGUUUUAUUAUUCAUUCUAUUUUUUUUCUUUUUAGAACCAUAAAUGUGUAUUUAUAGAGUAUAUUUCUGACAAACUGUGAUAAAGUUAUAUAUUCUGACAACAAUUCUAACGUUCACAACAUUGUGUUCACAACGAAUGUUAUAAUAACCUUGUGUGUUUGCUGGAUAUGAAAAUGACUGAGUAGAUGUGUUAUAAAGAUACAUCAAUAAAGACAAGUUAGGCAUUCACUUUUAGACUAAGGAACGUUUUUGAAAAACAGCACCAGAAGAAGCAUCCAUGAUCAAAACUUCAUGUUGUUAAGCUAUAUUUACACUAGACACGAUAAUAAUAAUAAACAAUAAUAAUAAUAAUAAAAA